AUGGCUGAUCAAUUGACAGAAGAACAGAUUUCUGAGUUCAAGGAAGCUUUCUCUCACUUUGAUAAAGAUGGCGAUGGAACUAUCACUGCCAAAGAGCUCGGAACAGUGAUGCGCAAUCUAGGUCAGAAUCCUACUGAGGCCGAAAUCAUCGAGAUGAUCAAUGAUGUGGACGCUGAUGGAGACGGUUUAAUCGACUUUCCAGAAUAUUUGAUCAUGAUGGCACGACAGAUGAAGGACCCCAAUUCAGAAGACGAUAUUCGUCACGCGUUCCAAGUCUUUGCUCAAGACGGUAAUGGAUUCAUCAGCGCUGCAGAGCUCAAACAGGUGAUGGCGAACCUGGGUGAAACACUUUCUGAUCAAGAAAUUGAGGAGAUGAUGGGGGAAGCCGAUGUGGAUGGUGACGGUUCUAUUGAUUAUGAAGAAUUUGUGCUGAGGCUGAGCAAAUGA